UUACACUGGAGUUCACAAUGGAAACUAGAUAGAAUGAAGAGUGGAGAAAUGGUUGAGAAUUACUAUGCAGCAGAACGGGCGCGUUGAUGGGAGUAAGCUUUCGUUAUGGUAUUGCGGCACCUUAUUGGUGUUUGUUAUUUGAGACUUCAGAGAAUAUAAAACUCUUCAUACAAACCUACAUUUGUUCUGAACACAAACUCUCAGCCAUUACUCCUACUUAAUUUCCUACUAUAAUUACUAUAAACUUAGUAAUUUCGAAACCUCAAAGCAACAUGCAUAGCAUCAAAGCCCUUUUAUUGACAGCCGCUCUUGCAGGCACAUCGCUGUCUCAAAAAUCGGACAGUCCAGCCUGCUCUUCGGCAUUCAGCGUCUUCAUGGGCCUGAUCCCAGAGGCUCCAGCAACACCUACUGAGAUUCUUUCUUUCAUCGCCGCGAAUACUCAAAUCCCUUCUUUUACCAUCGGGGACGCUGAAAGCCACCAGUCGCAGCUUUGUGCGGUCGCAGCCGCGCUACCAUCUUCUCUUCUCCCAGAACUUCAGACCUUGGGGUCUGAACUAAUGGAUUUUGCACACAGCUAUACCAGCGAGCUCGUAGCCUACAUCACGGCCUGCGCUCCAGACAGUCUUGUCGCGAGCUCGACCAGCUAUUUCAACCACGUCUUGACCUAUACGGGCAACAUCUGCACGGAAACGGCCUCACCUACCCCUGGUGGCGCGUCAAAUGGCACCUACCCUACGCCCACGCUGACGGCUACGAGCAAUGUUACCAGCUCUACCAUUUUCAUCCCUACCGCUGCCGCUGCUAGGCCCACAGGUGCCUUGUUGCGCGCUGCUGCUGCCGGCGGUGUUAUUGGCGCUGCAGCUAUGCUUUAAGCGACAAGUGUUAUGCUUAGUGGGAAGUGCAGUCAAGUGCACUUAGGUUGCUAAUGGCUAUAUACUAAGGAAGUCUAAUUCGAACAAGGCACCAUAGUAAGAGAUGUCAGACCCUUGUAACUUGACGUGUGGCGGAUAAGGCGCCGGGGGACAUCAUGGAAAGCCUUAGAUGCAUGGCUUGAGAUUGGCUGUAUCAUGUUUAAUAAUCACUUAUGGCCACUGCAAGGUCUGGAAGUCCUGCGGUUCGACUCCUCACGUGGCCUUAGUGGUUGAUCUUGACUCUAUACCAAUGGGCCUAAACAUUAUUUAUAAUUUUAAAUAUACUUAUGUUUUUACACCUUCACAUAAUUUAGGUUCUUUGUAAAUAGGCUGUUCUUAUGUAUUGGCAGUUUCGUUCCAUAAGAGAAUAUGCUUCUUGUGUGUUGGUGAUAGUAAAUCACGACUUAUACCCCGUUGUUG